CUGCGGGUUUUUAAAUAAUCGUGUUUAUUAAAUUUAUUUGGUUAUUCUAAAGGUAAGGCCUUCAGGGGGACAGAGACGUGUCACGUUAUUAUACAAUUUAUUUAUUCCGUUAACUCUUUGUUUAAAGCGUGUGUUAUAAUAAUAGUGAAACCUCGAACCAUUUCUUUUAUAAAACACUUGAAAACGCCUAUUAUACUUAUUAGUACUGGACAUGGAUAAAAUCUUGGUUGCAGCCAGCAAUGGCUUGAGGAGAGAAGAACCUAAUUCAAGCGGAGUCAGUUUGUCAACGGAUGUGGCGAUGCCUUCACCCUCAAAGGCAGCUGCCAAGCGAAAGACUGACGGCUCGGAAGAUUGCCAACCACCGGCGAAAAAGCCCGCACCAACCAUCCGGGUCGAUGGCGGUUUCAAAUGGAACUUGCAGGCGCUUGCCAAGGCGGCGGACGCAGUGGGCUCAGGGGGCAAGUCCCCUGUCUCAGCCCUCAACGAGUUGGGACUGAAGGUCCACUACAGCAUCACGAAGCAGGAGGGACCAGCGCACUGCCCCAACUUCAAUGUGACGGUCACGGUCGCGAACAUGACGUUCCGGGGCGCGGGGCACAGCAAGCGCGAGGCCCGCGCGAGCGCGGCGAGAGCCUGCCUGGCGGCGCUGCUGGCCCGAGCGGGCCGCGUGUUGCCACAGCCUGGCCCGCCGCCCGACUUCACCAGCGACGACCCCGCCAAGUACACGAUUGCUGAUUUCCAGUGUUUGGAGGCGAGGGGAGUGCGGCCCACGGAUAACAAGAUAAUACCAAUGCCUAAUCUUUUUGGCCCCUCCGCGGUGUUGCCGACGGCCAAGAGCCCCAUCAACAUUCUGCACGAGCAGUACCCCGGACUCACCUUCAAGUGCACAUUCGGAGACGGCUCCCCUCUGGACUCCACGCAAGCGCCUGCGCAACUCAGCCACAGCAUGCGAUUCAAAGUGGUUUGCCAGAUCAAGGAUCAGCUGUUCGAGGGUUACGGGUCCAGCAAGAAGCUGGCCAAGCUGGCCACGGCGCGCGCGGCGCUGGGCGAGCUGUGCGAGCGCGGCGUGCUGGGCGCAGAGCUCGCGCCCGCCGAUGCACUGCCGCAGCUGCUGGCGGACCACGUCGCCAAGAUAGUGAACGAGAAGUUUAACGAGUUGAUGCGCGGAGACCUGGUGCACUCCAAGCGGAAAGUGUUAGCCGGCAUCGUGAUCACCGUCGAGAACAACAUCGAAUCCGCCAAGGUGAUAGCCGUGGCGACGGGCACCAAAUGCGUGUCCGGUGAACACAUAUCAGUGAGAGGACAGGCUGUCAACGACGGGCACGCGGAGGUGGUAGCCCGGCGUUGCCUACAGCGGUUUCUCUACUCGCAGUUGCUCUUGUACGCGAACGCUGAAGAUCCUACGAAAAUGAUCCCCGAGUCGGAAUUAGAACCGAUCCCCGGUGGGGGAUAUCAGAUGAAAGAGGACCGCCGAGUACACCUGUACGUGAGCACGGCGCCGUGCGGCGACGGCCGAAUAUUCAGUCCCCACGAAAACUACAAUCCGGAACCUGACCGACAUCCCAACAGGUUGGCGCGGGGCCAGCUCCGCACCAAGAUCGAGUCGGGGGAAGGAACUAUACCUGUGAAGAACAGUUCCAAUGUGGUGCAGACUUGGGACGGCCUGCUGCAGGGCGAGCGGCUCCUCACGAUGUCCUGCUCGGACAAGAUGGCGCGCUGGUGUGUUCUGGGGCUCCAGGGCGCGCUCCUAGGCCGCCUGCUCCGCCCCGUGUACCCGCACUCGCUCGUGCUGGGCUCGCUGCUGCACCAGCACCACAUGUACCGGGCGCUGUGCGGGCGCGUGGAGGCGCUGAUCUCGUCGCUCCCGCCGCCCUACCAGCUACGGCGGCCGCGCCUGGCGCGCGCUCUCAGCAUGGAGGCUCGUACGCCGGCGCGCGCGCCUUCCUUCAGCGUGUGCUGGGCCGUCACCGCGCCCAUGGCGGAGGUGAUCAACUCCACCACCGGCAAGCUGGAGAGCGGCCACCCGUCGCUGGUGUGCAAGCAGACCAUGUUCGCGCGGUGGCACCACCUCGUGCGCAGGCUGCCGCUGCUGGCACAGGACGAGGCCAGUCCGCCGCUACCAGGCCUCCCUGAUGACCUGGACCAUGUGCUGUACAGUGAAGCCAAGCUGUUGUGCUCGCCGUACCAGGAAGCCAAAGAAUGUCUCAUCAACGCCUUCGACCGCGCACAGCUCGGGAGAUGGAUCAAAAAGCCGGAAGAGCAGGACCAAUUUCAGUGCGAGAUACUUAACGCCGACCCGACCAUACUGUUCGCCUAGGCGGGCGGUGGUCACAGCAAUAAC